AUGGAGCCCCCAGAAAUAAGAGCGCAACUGAGAGCCUUUCAGUUACAUUUUAUCUCACAGGCGUACUUGGUACACCCUGCAAUCCUUAUUGGUGUUGUGGUCCGUUCCACGCGUAUUUUACGUCAUCAUCUCUUCAAUAUUACUCGUGCAAAACAUGAUCAGAGCUCGUCAGCACUCAUUCAUAGCAGCUAUGCUCAUGAACCAGGAAACUCAGAGGCAAAUGUUCGAUUGUUUCUGAGUAGUACUUCGUUCAACUCAUCGUCUUCAAGCUCUUCUCCGAGGGAACAUCAGGAACUGAAGUCGUUCGAUAAAUUUGGACUGCUUUCUUCGGGAUGUGUAACGAGCAGUCCAUUCGAAGUUAUACCAGAGAGGACGUUUAUGGAUCAGCUACUAAGUCGUGACGCACCUUCGCGAAUGCACUUCUCAGUUUCUGUCAUCCCCACCACUGCUGAUCCAUCAGAGUUGGGUGGUUCUUCAGAAAGCGCAGAUCCGGAGCAACUUGAGGACUUACUAGACGAGGGUUACGAAGCUCCAACAGCUCUCAGUGACGUGACAGCGAGUGAAAUCCAAAGUGACAAAAUUUUUUGCGCUUCUCCUGUAUCAUCUGCUUUGAAUAACAACACGCGCCCUGAAAAGGACUCUGAUCGUCACAAUGAGACAAAGCGAAUGAUUUCGGAAGGUCGCAAACGAGAUAGCACUGCCGAAGUGUUGAAAUCGACAACUACUAGUACUCCAGCUUGCAUCUCCAUCAGUGAAUGCCCUUCCUCGUCAAAAUCUGAAAUUCCUCUACGCUUCGAUCCCGAUAUUAAUCGCCAAGCCAAAGCAUCUUCGGAGGAAGUUAUAUCAGCCGUUUAUAACCAGGAUCUUUCGUCACUGCGUUCAAUUCUAAUGGAGAAAAAUUGGCCAGAUCAGCGAAGCAUAGGUCGACAUCUUGAUAGUCUCUUUGAACUUGUCAUUCGGGAUUGUUAUGACGUAGACGAAGCUAUGGUGUUCCUUCAGGACUUUGCCGCAUCGUAUCGUCGAAACUUUUUACACGACGUAAAUGGCGUUCGGUUAGCUUGUCGUGUAGCUUAUGACACAAGGUCAGUGGAUGCUGCGAAGGAAACGUUGCGUGUUUUUCGGAACAUGUUCCUCGUGAAAUCACCUAAGUUUUCCACACCUACUACGGUACUUGAGAAUUUCUACUCGAGCCUGCUUUCUAUCGGUUCGGUAGAUCAAGUAGAAAUGCUGCACAAAGUAAUGAUCGAUGGUGGUUUUGAUACCAGCUCUGACAUUUUUAUUCAUGUUCUUUCGAAAUCGAUGUUGCUGAAAAGGGAUUUUCCACAUGCGUUUGGUGAAUGGCGACGGUUUUCAUUCAAGUAUGGGACAACGUGUGCGUCAGACUUGAUAUGGGAAGGAUUGUUGGCUUCUGUUUCAGAUCGAAAGAAACAAGCUUGUUUUUCUGAUGAUCUCCUUUCGCACUGUCUCCAGUUUGACCACCCAUUUGCUAUUGUGGCAAAUCUCAUCGUUACGCUUGUUCGAAUGAAGCAAACUGAUGCUGCAAGAAUGGUAUUUACUAAGGUCUCUGUUCCAGGGAGGUUUUUUAAGAAGCCGUUACGCAACCAGUUUCAUCACGAGUGUGUAAUCCAAGUAAUAGAGGAUUUUGCUAGUUUAAUCGUGGACUGCAUGCUUGCCGAUAAACGAAGGACGAAGAAGGACAUUGCAGCACCUGCUUCUGGGCCUACAUUUUUGUCUUCUGAUCUGUUAUUGGUACUUGAUUCAUUCUGUUCAACUGGUCGGCAGAAGAAACUGAGGCUAUCCAACAAAAAUGAAAAGCGAAAACUCCAUCGCAUCAAUGAUGAGCAACUUUUCGAACUCGUCGAGUUUGUUCAGUCUUUAUGGCUGAAAAAAGCAGAGAGCGAUGGGGACACUCAAGCUAUCAAUCGGCUUGUUGCAUGGAGUAUGACGAACAGACUUGAAAUCCCACCAAAAUUAUCGAACCGAAUUGCGCAAUUGAACUAUAACGUAUGCCUUUGA